AUGCUUUCUAAAUCCACACCUUCAAGUAAUUUGAGUGGUGCAAGCACUAGCACUGGCACCGGAGGAGCUAAAACAGGAUUGCUUGGAAGUGGUGGUGGUCUUUUUGGCAAAAAAAAUCAACCAGCAAAACCACAAAAUCCUAUUAUUAAUAGGAUUAAUGCAUUAAAGCAAGCAUAUGAUACUAGCUCUUCUCAAUGUAAAUUUAUUGCAAUUGUUUAUGAUGCUGCAGGUCCAUCAAACAAAAAUAGUAAAGUUAAUUUAGAACCAGACAUUAAACAAAUAGCAGAUGCAUGCAAUCCCGAUCCAAAACUGUAUGUUACAUCUAUAAUUGUUGGAUAUGAAGGAAUUACUUCUCGUGUCAAUGUACAGAAAGAAAUGAUCUCCAAAAUGCAAGAAAAGCUUCAAAGUAUGAAGAACAAGAUCCAAGAAUUAAAUGAUGAUUUCAAAUCUUUACUUUCAAACAGAAUUCAAUCAAUUACAGAAAAGAAUAACGAAAUUCAGCAAAUGCUCAUGUCUGUUUUAGAAAACACAGAAGUUAAGGCUCUUUCCGGCUUCCAACUAUCUAGAGAAGAGCAAGAAUUAUUAGAUGAACUUCAAAAGAUGCAAGAAGAGGUCAACAAACCAAACCAAUACAUUGCCGCACUCAAUACAUUAUCUCUGAAAGCUAAGCUCGUUCGGGAUUCCUUAAUUGUCCCGCCAUCCUACAAUUUGGAUGCAUCAACAAUUCAAAAAGCAGAAACCGUUCUGAAAGCGAAUAACACUGGAUUAGAAUCAAUUAGCAAAUACAUAAAAACCGUUGAUCGACAACUCAAAUUUAUGGAAGCUGCAAUGGCCGAACGCGAUGGAACAGCUCCAGCAGUUGUAGAGUCUGAAGAAGAAUAA